UCAAGUCACAUAUCUUCUUUACACAAUUAUCUUCACCAGGCUGGGCUUGGAGUAGAGGUCAGCAAGGGCAAGAAAUGCGAUAAGACUGAAGUUGUUGAAUGAAGCCAGAUCCCAUUUCCCAAACUACACUGUUUCCAAAUCUACUGCAGAACCAAUUGUUGAGGACUAUCAAUUCUGCAUCCAGUGAGUACAGAAAGUCAACAGCUAAUUUUUUUAUUUAGCAAUGAUUGUUUGAUCUGCUCUGUAGAAACAAACAUUGGGAGGGUUGUGUACUAAGAAGCAUGCAUAGCACAGUGUAUCCAUUUCUCAAUGCUUUAAUAUAUUAAUUUGCUUUCUAGAGUUAAACUUUACAUUUUUUUGCACAAAGACAGUUAGUUCCCUGUAUGGCUUUUUAAAACACUAAAAAGUCAUUGUCCAAUCCUAGAAUAUCAUGGCCUAGAUACUAAUUUAUUACCUUGGCUUUCUUGUUUGCGAUCUGUAUUCUUAGAGAUAAGACUCUACUUAGAAGGGAUUGUCUUCAGUACAUCUGAAGCAAACAAAAAAACUUCUACGCACCUGCACAGUAUUUAUCAGAAGUAAAAGCUUUCCGACAGGUAUUUCUGGAAAGGAUGGAAGAUCUUCCAAGCUGACUUUUUAAGCAAGUUCUCUGCCACCCCAACUUUAGAAAUCAAGUAUUGGUGAGAAGAAAAAAGUUAGACUCAGUAACUGUAAUAAAUAAUGAAUAAAAAUUAAUUCAUAUUGGGAAAAAAGAGCAUUUGAAUGCUACCUAUUUCUCUGUCUUCACUAGUCUAGACAACAAUUAUUCAUUUAGUUUAUGGAUAGCUACAAAAUACUGUUUUCGAAAAAAUAAAAAUCAGAAUGGCCAGGAAGAUGGGAGGCAAUAAAAACAUACAGGAUCGGUAAUGGAAUUCAGCUCCGAAUCAAACCUUGAUCCGAAAUAGUUCAAAGAACUUUCUGAAUCCAAAAGCUGCGGGAUAUCGACCUGAUAACAAAAUACACCACAGCUCGUUGCGCAAUCUUAAAGCGAGCGUUUGUUGAGGGUUGCGCAGCCCCAGGGCGUCUAUUUGAGUCGUAGCGGACAACGCGCAAAGGUGGAGCGUGGGGACUCCAGAAAGGUCAAACUUGGAGGGAGGGCCUAAGGCACGGAGGAGGAGGUAGGACUCGCUUUCUCCUGCCAAAUUAGGCUGUAAUCACGGAAUAAGGCUUAGUAAUAGCAAGCGAGGAUGCCGGAAGGCACGCGUGGGGCCACCCAGCCCAUGAACUAGAGCCGAGCCGCACGUCCCGCGGGAGUGGAGGCCUGCGGCAAGAGAACGGGCUGAGAUACCGCCGUUGCCAGAGCUGAGCAAGGGAGCGCUGUGUCUAGGGGUGGACCUAGGCGCUGGUUCGCGGGGCGGCUGGAGUAAAACUCGAGCGGCGUCCUCCGGCCAGCGCCAGCGUUCGAGGCAGCAGCCCGCGGAAUAAAAGGCGGCAGCAGCGGCGCGAAGGAAGGAGAGAUCGAGCGGCUCUUGCGCCGCUGCCGUCGGGAUGUCCGCGCACAGCCUGCUCAACAGCGUCUUCUCGUGCUCCUCCUCGCCGGCUACUGCCGGCAGUCCUCCACUCUGCUCCAAGAGCUUGUCCAAGCGGGGACUUCGCCAGACCCGCAGUCUGGACCCCGCCGUGAUCGGACGCUCCGGCGGGGAAGAAGGGACGGCGCUGGAAAGUUCUGGCCGCUCCGUGAGGGCCAAAGCGACGAGUAGUCCUUCGGCCGAAUACUUGGCGGCCUUUUCUUCGCGCGCCCUGCUGCGCCCGCCCGGCGGGGGGCAAAGCGCCUUCUCGCUCUCCGUGCCCAGCACGCCCCUGGACAAGUCGCCCUCGGGCAGUUUCCACUUUGACUAUGAAGGCCCUCGAGGCAAGAGGCUCACGGCGUGGGAGCUGCCUUUCUUGGCGCGCGCGCCCUCAGCCUCGGCUCUCAGCAGCGGCUACGGGGGCAGCGGGGCCAACAGCAUCUUCUUUUCCCCCAGAAAGUGGCUCCAGCAGAGGAAAGGACAGCAUCUGCCCAGCAGUCACGCCUCUUCCUACGUAGUGUGGAAAGCCGAGGGUGAUUUCACUUGGAACAGCAUGUCAGGGCGCAGCGUUCGACUGAAAUCUGUUUCUAUUCAGAGUCUUUCAGAACUGGAGCGUGCCCGACUACAGGAAGUGGCCUUCUAUCAGUUGCAGCAGGACUGUGAUUUAGGAUGCCAAAUAACCAUUCCUAAAGCUGAUCGGGGCAGCAGAGUGGAUUGCCGUGCCUCCAUUGUUUUCCUUGCUGGCAGCAAUGCGGAAGAUGGACAAAAGAGGAAGAAAUCAUUGAGAAAGAAACUGGAUUCCCUUGGAAAAGAAAAAAACAAAGAUAAAGAAUUCAUACCCCAGGCUUUUGGAAUGCCUUUAUCACAAGUAAUAGCAAAUGAUCGGGCAUACAAAUUGAAGCAAGAUAUUCAUAGAGAAGAGCAGAGAGAUGUUUCAGAAUUUGUAACGUCACUUUUACCUUUUGGGAGUAAAAGACAGAACAAAGAACUCUCAAGCAGUAAUUCAUCUCUUAGUUCCACCUCGGAAACACCAAAUGAAUCUACUUCACCCAAUACACCAGAACCAGCCCCCAGGGCACGGAGAAGAGGUGCAAUGUCAGUGGAUUCUAUUACUGAUCUUGAUGAUAGUCAGUCUCGAUUACUAGAAGCUCUACAGUUAUCCUUGCCUGCUGAAGCACAGAACAAGAAAGAAAAAUCCAGGGACAAAAAAUUAAGCCUCAAUCCUAUUUACAGGCAAGUUCCUCGGCUUAUAGAUAGCUGCUGUCAGCAUUUAGAAAAACAUGGUCUCCAGACUGUAGGCAUAUUCCGAGUUGGGAGCUCAAAAAAAAGGGUAAGACAGUUACGUGAAGAGUUUGACCGUGGUGUGGAUGUAGUGCUGGAUGAAGAACAAAGCAUUCAUGAUGUAGCAGCUUUAUUAAAGGAAUUCCUUCGUGAUAUGCCUGACCCACUCCUGACCAGAGAGCUUUACACUCCUUUUAUCAACACACUCUUAAUGGACCCCCAUGAACAACUAAACACUCUACAACUUCUAAUUUAUCUUCUACCUCCCUGCAACUGUGACACCUUACAUCGACUCCUUCAGUUCUUAGCUACUGUAGCCAGCCAUGCAGAAGACAGAAAAGAUGAAGAUAGCCAGGAAAUCCCUGGGAACAAAAUGACAUCACUCAACCUAGCCACCAUAUUUGGACCUAAUCUGUUGCACAAGCAGAAGACAACAGACAAAGAAUUUACUGUUCAAAGCACAGCACGUGCAGAGGAGAGUGCUGCCAUUAUUGCUGUUGUACAGAAGAUGAUAGAAAACUAUGAAAUGCUCUUUAUGGUCCCAGCAGACCUUCAAAACGAAGUUCUAAUUAGCCUGCUUGAGACUGAUCCAGAUGUUGUAGACUAUCUGCUGAGAAGGAAAGCUUCCCAGUUAUCAAGCCCUGAAAUGCUUCAGUCUGAAAGAUCAUUCUCCAUAGAAGGUAGACAUUCAUCCAUAGGCUCAAACCGAACCUCAAGUGGCGAUAUAUCACCAUAUGACAACAACUCUCCAGUGCUGUCUGAAAGAUCUGUUUUGGCAAUGCAAGAAGAUAUAUCCCUUACUUCUGAUAAGUUACAUAAAGUACCAGAACAGAGCACAUUAGGUAGCAAUUUUCAGCCAAAAUCAAAACAGAAUUCUUUUGAUGUGUCAGACGACUAUUUCAGCAUCUGGGGCACCUGGCAUUCAACUCUGAAAAGUGGUUCCAAGGGGCUGGGAAUGACAGGGUCAUAUGGAGACAUCUAUGAGAGCAGCUCCUUGCGGCCAGGGCAGUGUUCCCUUUCUCAAGGGAGCCUAUCAUUGUCUUCUCCUCAAUGGCAGGAAAGCAAUACAGAGCUAGACAAUGAAAAACAAGUCAUCCGGAGGAGUCAGACGACAACUGCCCUUCCUAGUUGCUGUUCGCAUCCCCCUCUGUCUCAGGUGUACAGCACCCCACAGAUUGAAGUAGGUAGAAAGAAUUCCAGCCAGUCCAGUUCACCUGUAAAAUAUACAGAGAACUUGAUGGAGUAUGACUCAGAUGCAGCUUGUCCACGUGCUACAUUUAAGCCAUCGUCUCUAAGGCAAGCUGAAGUAAUUCGAAAAGACAGACCACCACCUCCUUACCCUGAAACAGCAAAACAGAGUAACUUAUCAUCCCUCCAGCCAGCAGUGUCUUCUACAGGGUAUCCAUUGUGGAAGCUUCAGAAGACAGACUUGUCUGGGGCCCAGGGAAUGAGGAUCAUGACUCAGGUGCCUGAACAACCUAUCCAGCAUGAGGAGCAACAGAACCAGAAUGAAAGAAAGUACUCAUUCCCAGACAGUGAGCAGAACAGUAAAAAUUUGUCAGAGACAGACUGGCAUGGGUGGCAAAGCGAUCGAUGGCAAAUUUGGGAGAUUUUAUCACCUGAUAAUCCAGAUGCGCUCCCUGAAACUUUAGUAUGAGUGAAGAAAUCAGCAGGUCUUUUCCAAGUAGGGAAAACAGUGGACUGGAUUUAUACUGAAUUGUUUUUUUAAAGAUACAUUUACUUUAUGGAGUAUUUUAAAAUUAAAUUUAUUAAAAUAAUUUUAAUAGCCGUGUAAAAUUUAAGGCCAUGUUUUUGGGGUUUUGUGAGAAAUGUGAGAUGGCAAUUUCAGUCCAAAUUACUCUGUGAAAUAUAAGCUGUGUACACAAUAAAAAUGACCCUCUUGGUGUUGCUAAGAUACAUUUAUGUAUCUGCAGCUCAAAUGACUGUAUAUUAUGCAGAUGUUUUAUGUACAAUAGCAUUGUGUUUAUAUGCAAAAAAUAAUCUUGAAUGCUUUUUUGAAAUUAUAUUUUAAUCAUGCACUACUAUUAAUAUACAAUAUAUUGAUAUCGUUGGAAAUGCACAAACUGGUUUCUGUGCUUUUAAUAUGUUUGUGAAAGAUAUAUAUUUUCACUGACAAAUAAGGUGGAAUGAGAACAUUAAAAGCCAUAUAUUUUAUAAUAAGGAAGUUAAAGAAUAUCUAAUGUACUAUUUGCUUGCAAGGAAAAAUUAACGAACAUAUAUUUUUACUCUUUUAGAUAGCAGUCCAAUCACCUCUUCAUAAAUAUGUCCAUAUUUACACCAUAUACAAAAAGAUCCCAAAGAUUCUUCUACCCACUCCACAUUAGGCUUAUAAAAAUUUGGCAUGGGUGAGGAAGUACAGGAGAGGGUGUUUAUGAAGUUAUGUAAAGACUAUGUGACAAGAGUCUUUUGAAUUUUCAAUAUUUCUGGAUAAAUAUGAACUAAAAUGUGUUCUGCUCUCACAAGUCCUAAAACUAGAUAAAAAGAACCCAAAUAAAUAAAUAAGCCAAAAAUCCUAAUCCUUAUAUUAAGGAAAAUUAUCCAAAGGUAUAUAUUUAUGUAUUGUAAAACUAAGUGAACCUUUGUGUUUCAAUAACUUGGAUGCCCUAAAUAUGAAAUAUUUAGUUGUUAAUAGCAACUAAAUAUUUCCAAUAACUAUUGAUCCUGCACAUUGGCUUGGAGGAAUUCUAGCUCAUUCCUUCUUAGAGAAUACCUUUAGCUCAAGGAUGGUAAGCUUCUUUGCAUAAAUAGUCCAGUCAUGUUCUUCCACAACUCUUCCAUAGAAUUACAGUCAGGAAUUUGACUUAGCCAUUCCAGUCUUUAACUUUCUUUUUUAACCAUUCUUUGUUUUGUACAACUUGAGUAUUUGCGGUCAUUAUCUUGUUGCAUGACCCAUUUUUUCUGAGCUUCAGUUCAUGGACUAUCCUGCUAUUUUCCUGAAGAAUUUGCUGGUAAAAUUCAGAAUUCCAUCAGUGAUGGUAUACUAUCUUGGUCCAUAAGGUACAAAGGAGGCUCAAAUAUAUGAUACUGCCACUACCAUGAUUUACAAAUAAGUUUCUUACAUUACAACAAUAACAAUAGUAUUUGCCAAACAUAAUGCUUUUUAAUCAAGCCCAAAAGUUCUAUUUUGGUCUCACCGUUCCAUAAAACAUUCUUUCAAUAGCCUUCUAGCUUAUCUACCCUGUUUCCCCCAAAAUAAGACAUCCCUUGAUAAUAAGCCCAAUCACGCUUUUGAGCAUGGGGCAAUAAGGCCAAGCACUUAUUUCAGGGUUCAAAAAAAUAUAAAACAGGGUCUUAUUUUUGGGAAAACACGGUAUGUGUUUUUUGCAAAUUUUAGAUAGCAAUUGUACUUAGACCAGGAGUGUCAAACUCAAGGCCUGCGGGCCAGAUCCAGUCUGUGGGGUGUUUAGAUCUGGCCCACAGGGCCACCUGGAAACAGCGAAGGACCAGCCUGUGGUACCUCUGCCAGCAAAAACAAAGCUUGGGAGGGCCAUGCACAGCCUGCCUGGGCUCCAUUUUCAGCUACGACAGCCUCCUGCAGCCUUCUGCCAGCGAAAACGGAGGUCGGGGAGGCUGACCUCCGUUUUCACUGGCAGAGGGCUGCAGGAGGCCAUCACGGUUGAAAACAGCCUUGACAAGUAAUGUUGAGUUGGCCACGCCCACCCUAGCCACGCCCCCAUCCCUCCGAAGUCAAACACAACCCUGAUGCAGCCCUCAAUGAAAUUGAAUUUGAUACCCCUGACUUAGACUUAUAUACUGUUUCUCUGCUCUCUCUAAGUAGUUUACAGAGUCAGGAUAUUGCCCCCAAUAAUCUGGGUCCUCAUCUUACCGACCUCAGAAGGAUGGAAGGUUGAGUCAACCCUGAGCUGGUGAGAAUCAAACUGCCAAACUAGUCAGCCGGCAGUCAGCAGAAGGAGCCUGCAGUACUGCAUUUUAACCACUGCACCAUCACGGCUUGAUGAGAUGAGCAGCAAUGUCAGCUUCAUUUUUUAUUUCUCUCCCUUGUAUGAGUCAUGAAAACUUACCCAUAACUUCUACAUACCCAUAAUCAUGUACUUUAAAUAAGGAAGGACCUCCCACACUCACACUUGAUUAUCAUCUCAUGGAUUGAAACACUUGAUUCUUAAUUUCCCCUUCAAAUGAACAUAUAAUCCUAAAGGUUCAUAUACAUGUUUUGAAUCAUUCUCCAAUAAACAAAUGAACAAGUAUAAUGCUUUGACUCAUUAAUUUAAUUGUAUUCUUUUACCUACAGUAGUUUUAGGACUUUUGUGGAAAACAGAUAAUGUUUUAGGACAUAUCUAUGCAGAAAUAUUAAAAAUUCAGAAGCGUUCACAAACUUUUAAGCACCACUGUACUGUUUUAUUUUAUUUUAUUUUAUUCAUGGGACCUGGAAUUCUGACAAUUAACUGAAAUAUUUUCCUUUUUAAAGCAACACAGUUUUCAGUAUUCACAAUUCCUAAAAUAUUGACAGAAUUCCACAAGAUGAUUCCAGUGCAAUGUUGUAUUUGUUAAAUGUUAAUAUUCUGUGGUUUUAAAAGUUUUAUUAUCAUUCAGCAUGGGAGAGGUCCAUCUAUUACAUUCUUUUAUUAUAAAAAUGCUUUCCGUAAAUUUCAGUGGAAUUUUAUCUAGUGGUGUCUUUUAAGUUAUAUCUUGUGCAAUAGAAUAAAAGUCUUGCAGAAAA